AUGAUAUCAACAUUUUGGCCUCUCGCACAAAUUCUAUCUAUCUAUCUAUCUAUCUAUCUAUCUCAGUCACGUUAUAUCGAUCUUUCUGCCUAUUUAUUUUUUCUUUCUAUCUAUUUCAUUCUUUUUCUCUGUCUAUCUAUCUAUCUAUCUAUCUAUCUAUCUAUCUAUUUCAGUCACUUUCUAUCUAUCUUUCCAUCUAUCUAUUUCAUUCUUUUUAUCUAUCUAUCUGUUUCAGUCACGUUAUAUCGAUCUUUCUGCCUAUCUAUUUAUUUCAGUCACAUAAUAUCUAUCUAUCUAUCAAUCUAUCUAUCUUUUUCAGUCACGUUAUAUAUCUAUCUGUCUAUUCAAUAUAACUUCUUUUUUAUCUAUCUAUCUAUUUAUCUAUCUAUCUAUUUAUCUAUCUAUCCAUUCAUAGCCAUUUUUUUUUCUUUAUUACAUUCUUUCUUCCUAUCUAUUUCAUUCUUGAUAUCAUUUUGUGAGUUGUUUCUUGCUGAGAGUAUCUAUAUUUAA